CAUGCGCAUCGGAGCGUUGUGUCCAAAGCGUUCGAAAUCGACGGAUGCUCCAGAGGAAGCUGGCGUGUGUUUCAUUUUAUUUUGGUGAUCGUUUUGAAUAAUACGUUGGUUUUGAUUGGUAAGCCAUUUACAGAUGAUCUUUUUUACGUGCAGCAUCAGAUAUGGCCCGUGGGCACCAGAAGUUUCAGUCCCAGCAGAAAAAUGCCAAGAAGCAGGCGGAAAUCAAGAAGAGCAAGGGGCAUGACCAGAAGGCAGCUGCCAAGGCUGCCUUGGUAUAUACAUGCACUGUAUGCCGGACACAAAUGCCUGAUCCCAAGACCUUCAAGCAGCACUUUGAAAGCAAACAUCCAAAGUCUCCGAUGCCCCCAGAGUUAGCUGGCGUGGAGGCAUAACACAUCCACCUCUCCUGACCAGACAGUUGAAGCUGAUUCAGGACAGGCCUGUCUGCACUUCGGACAUAAACAUUAAGUCUCAGAAGAAAUAUCUUUAUAAUGUUGAUUGUUUCUCCGGCUGAUUCCUCUGUGUUUGAGUGUUUUUUUUUUAAUGCAGGGAUGGUACUUUACCUCUGGUUUUAUUUUAUCGGCCCGCACUUGCCAAAACCUCAUCCAGGACGUUUAAAAGACAAACAAGAGACUUGACUCACCUCAAAAAGUCUCACAUCUUCGAUUGUAUGCAGUAUUUUGAACAUUUCAAAUGGUAACGUUACACGAGCAGCUUGUCUGUGUGCUUUGUGACUACUACACCAUCUCAGGUCUCCCACUGUUGCAGAGCAAGCCGAGUUGGCAACGGCCAUCAUGAUGAUUGGACGUCCUUCACGUUUGUUUUGUCGUGCGUCGGGUUUGGGCUCAUCAUUAUGAUUUCUGCAGAGUAAUAUUUGAGUUGAUAAUGUAUUUGAAAAAUAUAAAUGUAAAAAAAAACUGUCUGUUCCCUUCGUACUUCCAAGCUGCACUGAUAUUGUUCCUGCCUGGAAAAUUUCAAUAGAGCCCAGCUCAUGUUUUUUAGUAGUUGUUGUUAUGAAGAACACGUUGAAGACACUGUGCUACAUGGGUACUGAACUUGCCCCAUCUACCCCUAAGGUCUACUUGAAUUGUACGUAGUUUACGUCGUGUGAAGGUUUGUGCAGAAAACCAGCAGAAGUUAAGUAGUGGUCGCUAAAGGUUUAUGACAGCAAACCCUAGCCAGCACAAAAUCAUUUGACGUCUGCUGCAUGAAGCAUGUUCUCUGUUAGAGCAGAGCACUUUGGGUUCUCCCUUCCUAAGUCUGUGAAAAGUGAAGAUUUGUUCCCCUAAGAAAACAUUAGAGCAACCUAGAUUUUUUUUAAACACUAUUAAAAAAAAAAAUGAUGCCAUUCUUCUAGGAGAAAAAAAACGAUGCAUUUAUACCUUGCCCCCCAACCACCGGCCCACCGUUGGUGCAACGGUUUGGUCCAAUCGUCCACCUGCAAGCUGACACAGCUGUGCCAGCAGAGGAGCUGUGUCCAUACAGCACAAAUAACUGACCUCCUGUUAGGAGCUACUCAAGAGAAGAAACACGUCACACGUUUCAUUUACUUCCACUUCUCACCAGAACGAAGCACGCUGACGAUUGCAGUUUGUUCACCUCGUUACCUCGGUUCAAUGCUGGGACAGACUGCCGUGGAUAGGGGGCAAUAAUUAUCCUGUGGUGACGCCCUGUUUUUCCUGUGGCAACUUGUAAUAAUUAGUAAUAUUAAGUAUGUUUGAUCAUGCAUGCCAUACCAUGAGUACCAAAUAUCCAGCAUCAACCCCCCCCCCCCCCAACAGAUAGCUGGAGAAAGCGGUUUAUUUGUGUAGUAUCUGUGCACAACUGUAAUUUUCAUAAUUCACCACUGUAGGGUUGUUUAAACUGCCUUUACAGUCAUGAGAUUUGAAAGCAGUCAUAAGUGUGGUCUUUGUUAUCAUCGUAGUGGAAAAAUGUUCCGUCUCUCAACCUGCAUUAAAAGUCUGAGUUGCAUUACACUGUAAGACUGCUUCAGUUCGUAUUUAAUUUAUAGGAAGGGCCCACUUUUCAACAGCUUUGGACCCUCUGGGAUUGAACUACUGACACUGUAUCACUGUGCUAUAAGUCCAGACUGACAACCUGCCAUGUUUUGACUUUUUGUAAUAAUCAUAUCUUGUCAUUGUAAUGUAAUGUUUAGUCUUUUAAUAAAGGUCUUUUAUAUCAGGU